AUGGUACGCAGCAUUCGCUACAGCAGACCCAAGGCGGCGCCCCCUGAGUUGUUGAUUGACUUCCUUUGCUGCCGUUUUCCGUACCUUACGCGCAGUGCGUGGGAACAACACGCAAGGGACGGGCACCUAUCGGUAAUAAAGGCCGCUAGAGACAGUUGUGGAGCGGGUGAUAACCGUCAUGGCGUCGUAGUUCCAAUGGAUUACGAACUACAGCAAAAUGACGAAAUAUGUUUUAAUCCCCCACGUCACUUAGAACCCGACAUUAACGAACACGUCGUCGUUCUUCACAGUGACGAGGCUCUCCUCGUUUGUGUCAAAAACGGAAAUCUCCCCGUGGCUGAGGGUGGUCGGUAUAGUGCCAACACUUUGGUAGGUGUCCUUCAGCGACUGGCAGGAAACUUCACAUGGGAGACGGCAAAUGGUACAGCGGAAAUGUGUCUCUCCAAGGCGACAAACAAGGAAACGUGUGGCCUGAAGGUUAAUUAUUACCCUGUACACCGACUUGACAAGGAAACGUCAGGGCUUGUUGUGCUUGCCAAGAGCGCAGAUGCGGCAAGGAUUCUUUCUGGACAGUUUGAAAGGCAAUCUCAAGUUUUGAAUGCACAAUUAACAAAAUAUACUGGGGGUGAAUCCCUUACGGUUGUUACCUCUUCACAGUUCGACGAACUUAUAACUAUGGAUAAGUCAGUUUCUAAGUCAUAUAUUGCAGUUCUUGAUGGAUCCGUUCCAGAGGGUAAUGAAUUUAUUGUAUGUAACCGCGUUGGUUUACUCUGGGAAGAACUGAAAGACUCUAUGAAAGAUGCGGAGAAACACACCAAACUAAAGAAAUUAAAGAUGGCGUGUUACCACGCUUCGGUAGGAAAAAAUCAACAACUCUACGGGCGACCAGCAUGCUCUCGUAUUCGUAUCCUUAGUAGCAGUGAUACCCUCCGAGUCUCCGUAGCUCGCGUAGACAUUCUGACAGGGAGGACUCACCAAAUUCGCUUACACUGUGCGCAGAUUGGCUUUCCUGUACUUGGCGAUAAGUUGUAUGAAACAUCGACUCCUGGCAGGGUGGGCGGUUUGCAUGCUGUCGCUGACGAUAUAUAUCUCUACCGUGCCAGAGAAACUGUAAGCAUGUCGUGGGGAGUGGAAGGGAUGAGCGUGAAACGCCACUUGUUGCAUGCCGCCAUACUUACCUUCACUCAUCCAACCACGAGGGAAAGGUUGGAGUUCUUCGCGGCCCCACAUGAGUGGUUCCUUAGCGAUGUGGAAUGUGAUGAGGCAACAAAACUGGAGGAAAAUAAAUCCGGUACAGAGAUUUUGCGGGACCUCCUCGAUAGGGCUGUACGUGGCUUGGCAUCCCAUCGUUUCCAAGAAAAGGUUAUCACUACCUUCUGUUAUCAGUGA